CGACUAGAAACCGAGGCCACCACGACUAAAAAACCGAGGUCUCGGGGCGCUUUCCAAUCCAACAGGCGCGGCCUCCUCCAGUCAAUUCCUCCCUGACCCUCCUCCGGCCGCCUCCGCCUCCGCCUCCGCUCCCGCCUGCUGCUCCGGCCUCCGCACCAAACCCUAGCCCUGGGCCAUCCCCUGCCCGCCGCGAGAUGCGCCGCCGCCCUCUGGCCCCCUGAUCCUCACCCUCCUCCUCCUCCUCCUCCUCCUCCUCUCUCUCCUCCUUCGCCGCCGCUCGUCGUUGCCCGGGCGUAUGGGCCGCCACGGCAUGUCCCGCGGCGCCGCGGCCGGAGACGGCGGGGGAUGCCUGCCGAUGCCUGUUAUCUCGGCGGAGGUCGCGCUCGCUGUCAUCGACGCUUCCAUUUCAGUCGCCGCCUUCGUGCAGCUAGCAAGAAUCCACAGGCAUGAUCAGCAGCAUGGAUGGACUCGGCAAAAGAUAUUCCAUUUUAUGAUUGGCCUAUGCAACUUAGUAUUCCUUGUGUAUUUCGUGUCUACCAUCAUCGCUACCUGUGAGAGAUGGCUUUGUUGGGUCCAUGGAUGUGGAUUUGUACUCAUGGCUAGUCCACAGAUAUUGCUUCUUGCUUCUUUUCUGUUGCUGUUGUCAUUCUGGGUUGACCUGUGUCACCAGACAAACGAUGAAGAUGAAGAGGAUACGAGGAGUCACCAUGAGGCUUUACUGGAUAGAACAAAAAAUAAACCUGGCAUCCGUGCUGUUGAUGUUCGCCGGAGGUGUUGCCCAGGAGUACAGCUUGGAAGCCGGCAAAAAUUUGUGAUUUUGGUGCUUCUACUGUCAUUUGUUGUUACAAUCGCCUUCGCCAUCCUCAUCUGGAUUGGUAGAGGAGAAAAUCCUAUUGAUUCAUCUCUAUUGAAAAGGGUUUACUUGGAUGUAUUCUCAGUAGUUGUUCUUGUACUUGGUGGUGCGCUGGCAUGUUAUGGUGCAAUACUAUUUUCAAAGAUGAGCAAAGUGCGUUCUGAAACUGGAUCAUCUGAGAAGCGGAAGGUUGCAAGUUUAGCUACUGUGUCACUGAUUUGUUUCUCGUCGUCCGCUAUACUAGCACUUGUUACCAAUGUUCCAGUGCUUGUGUAUUGGUACUCAGCAGAUGAAUACAUCAUCAACAAUGCUAUCAUAUUGUUUAUGUACUAUUUCAUAGGAUCAUCCAUACCGUCAGGAUUUGUUCUAUGGGUCAUGAAAGAUAUUCCUCAUCGGCAGACAGUAGAAAGGCCCACACAAUCAAGAGUUGUUAUUUUGUUCAGGGAUAGACCAUCCCCUACACAGGAUCCACAAUGGAGGACUGCCGUUACAUCCUCUAACAAGGCCCUCAAGUCAAGCCCUAUUUAACCAGAAGACAAACCGUUGAUGUGGAAACUUCAGUCUGUUUAAUCUGCUAGAAUUUUACCAAUGCGUCAUUUGUGCACUGGCAUCUAGUAGCUUUCUGACAGGUUGUUGGUACAAAGAUGGAUAUGUAAUUCCUACUUCAAGGAAACUUUAGUGAUCAGAAAAGAAGGGAAUUACCUGUGAAUGUAGCAUGGUUCUCCAAUGAGUGCACAGUAUGCGUUUAUCCAUUAGAAUUAACUCUGGGUAAGGCUUUAAGGAUUAACAAAUGUAAAUAGCCAUAGAAAUGAGAGUUUUUCAUGGUUUGGCUGGCUGUUCAUUCAGAUUUUCCCCACCGUCACAUUAGCUUCCUCAACUCAUUUUAGUUAAUAGAACUGGCAAAGUAAGGUUUCAGCUUGUCUAUGAGGAGAUUUUGCCUUGAGAAGAUCUCUCCAUGUUGAUACUC